AUGUCUCAGCGUGUCUCCUUCAGUCCUCACCACUCGCAACCGUUCACGCUCGAAGAAGCUGUCAAUCUCGAGCUGGAUACUCUGAUCACGGAGGUGAUCAGGCUCACCAACUCACUGGAACAUCUCUACUCUAGCCAAGACCAGUUGCAAGAGUUUCUAGAGUCUGAAGAGGGGCGGGGGGAUCCAGAAAGUCAGCAGGCUUGUAUUGAGGCUAUCAGAGAGAACGAGGAGCUCAUGCCCCGGCAGAACGAAAGAAUAGCUCUUCUGGCAGCGGCUCUGAUCAACAAAGUCCGCCCUGAUCUCGGAAUUGGGGCACCCGGGUGGCAUGCGGGAGAUGUGUUUAGGCGGUAUGGUGAGCCUGGAGGUGGUCUAGCCGGGAGAAGAAGAUGGUGGGCGAGCGAUGCGCCUGUGACGACCACAGAGCAGGCGCCGGCGUCUGGGGAAGAAGAAGGGCUGCACCUGUGA